UUUGUCUGUCCUCCUUUUUCCAUUUUGAGGUCGUCUGAUGUAAUAUAGUUCUAAUAAGCUAUUUCAUUUAGAUCACAUUAAAUGAUGGUAAAUGCUAUGGUUGUUCUUGGCAGCAAUGAGAGUGUCAGUGGGACUAUCUACUUCACCCAAGAAGCUGAUGGCUCUACAACAGUAACUGGAAAUACUUAUGGCCUUAAGCCUGGUCUCCAUGGCUUCCAUGUUCAUGCACUUGGGGACACAACAAAUGGUUGCAUGUCAACUGGUAUAGUCCAAAGAGAUGAUGUUUGUUUCUUCGUAUCUAAAGCAUCUAGUCCAAGAGCAGAACCACAUUUCAAUCUUGCUGGCAAAGAGUAUGGUGCUCCUGAGGAUGAGAAUCAGCAUGCUGGUGAUCUUGGAAAUGUCACUAUUGGUGAUGAUGCUCUGUGA